AUGUUUGCUGGACGAUAUCGCGUUGGAAAGCGAGAUGGCAAGACUCCUACUGGCGUUGUAGUGCCUGGACAGGAAGGAAAUACCAGGCCAAUAACUAGUCCAGAAAUUGAAGAGGCAAACUCUCUGCCUCCACUUGUCACCGAAGUCAUGAGUGUGUUUAACCCUAUCCCAUAUGCUCUUUCAUUGUUGGAUGGUAGCUCUCUUGGACGCGACUACGAAUCAUUCUGUGAUAUUCACGAUUCUCUAGAAAAGGCCAUGGACCUGAUUGUCAAUGAUUAUCAUCAGGCAUUCAAUAGUGCUAUUCAAACAUUUAGUUCUGUCGUAGACACAAUCUCAGAGUCUCAAAAAAAGGUACAAGAAAUGCGAGAAAACCUUGAAAAAUCUAAAAACUGGCUGGAAUGCAAACGAUUCGAUCUACUUCAUCUAUGGGUUAAAAGUAUCCAGUUUAAAGAAAUGAGCAGAAUUCUUGAAAGCAUGCAAGUUGGAUUCGAUGAGCUCCAGCGUUCACCCACAAAAAUUCAAACUCUUAUAGAUGGAAAGUACUAUCUUACUGCUGUUAAAACGCUUGUCAGUUCAAUUCGAACCCUAAAUGCGAGCGACGUGGUAGAUAUCGGAGCUAUGGAUACUGUCAAAGAAAAGUUGGCACAAAUGAGCAAGCAAGUGUAUGAUUUGAUUUUAGAAGAAAUUCACGAUCAUCUAUAUUUAAAAACCGCACCAGCAAUGGCAAGAAUUGAACCAAUCCUAAACACAUCCAAAGAAAAUGUUGAGAUUGCAAUUGGAAAUGAGUAUCAAUUUUUUACAAGGACCAAGCUGGACUAUGUGUUUGAUCAAAUCAAACCAGAACUGUUUGAUGAUUUCGAGUCAAAUCCAGAAACCAACUCAUUUUGCUACUUGCAAGCAUUAGUGGAAAGUUUAAAAGUAUUGGAUAAGCUGGAAGAUGGUCUCAAGGUAAUUGAUAGUAGAGUCACUCAAGAGCUAUUUGGUGUUGUUGAAAAGACGAUCGAAGAGCAGGAGCAUAGGCAUGUUGUUUAUCAUCUUUUGGCAGAUUUAUCGUGUUCAUCAUUUUUGAACAAUUACAGUACAACCAAUCAACCACUUUCCCACGAUGGAAAUUUCGAUGACUCUCCAGCAGAAAACAACCCUUUGGCAUCCAUUCUUUUGACUCUCUAUGAUAGAUUUGAAUUGUGUAUUUGUUUGUUUUUCAGAGAUAAUAAUGUCGAGAUGCUAUUUCAAACGAUUUGUCGUGUUAAAUCAAAUUAUUUAAUAUGGAGCGCAGUUCCAUACACUGCAUCUGAUAUAUGUCAUGCUGUUCAGGGAGAAGUCAAGACCGUGUUAUACGACUAUCUGAUUACUGUAGAAAAAACUAUCGCUAGUACAAACACUGUUUCGUCCAUGAACGAAAUACUUCGCGAUAAACGAAAACCGGCCGAGCGAAUUGGCAAGCAAGUAUUUCGGAUCAAUGGAGCCUCUAAUUCAACACUAUGUGUCAUUUCCGAAAACGAAGACCAGGAUGAAAUUUGGAAAGAUGCCGACUUGGCAAAGUGUAGCGUAAAUGAUACUUUGGUAGGAAAAGGGGUGGUGGACAAGUAUGCAAAUGUACUUUCCAAUGGACACAAGCCACUUAUUCGUCCAGAAGCAUCCAAUAUUUUGAUUGCGUUCAAACCCACAAUGCAGUUUACUGACAGUCUUGAGCAAGCUGUUGGAAUUAGUCCUGGAGUUUUCCACGUAUUUUUGGAAGACUUUGUGUUGAACGUAUUUUUACCUCAGACUCAUGAUUUGAGCGUGAUUGCACUUGGUUAUCUACUCCAAAGCAUGUGCAAAAUGUCAAAUACAAUCCCUAUUCACAAAGAAGAGUUUUUGAAGUCACUCGAGUUUAUUUUGGAAAAAUUCCAUGAAAAAUGCCUGAGCAGAUUUCGUACUUUGAUUUCCACGGAACAAUCUGGAUCUGAGAACUCUGGCUCUAUAUCGUUUGCGUGGACAAAAAACGAAAAACUUACAGAGUUGAUGGCUGAAAAUUUGUUUUUGACGGACGCGUUUGAUACACCAGCUCAAAUGAAUCGGAAUCAAGCUGCAUGGCAAAAAGAAACAGAUUUGGAAAUGAAGCUCAAGGGAGAGCGAUCAUUUCAUCGCAGUGAGCUGAUUUUUGAGUCUCGACGAUUACAGGGACUUGCUCAACUGCACUACAGCAUGGAAUGGCUUGCAGCCCAAAUUAUGUACAUGAAAGGGGAUACUGGCAGCAGCACUGGACUUGUUGCAACUAAAGUGUUUGAAAAUUCUGUUGAAUCAUUGACUGAGUAUGUGAGAUUGUCAUCAGAUAGUCUUCCUCAGCUAAUUGUUGACUCUUCUGAGCUUCCUCAAGCAGAAAUGACAACAGAAAUGGCAAAUCGAUUUAGCGUAUUGGCCAACUCGUUCAAGGCACUGGAAAAAAAAUGCAUCUAUUCGCUCAGGGUUGAGCUUCGGUGUCAUUCCAUGUUUUUGUUUGACGGACUUGGAGAACUUAUGGCACAAGUGCUUAUCUUUAAUCUCCGAUAUAUCCGCACCGUGAAUCUCAAUGGUGUUUUAAGACUUGUUCGAAACAUUCAAUCACUCCAGCAAAAUCUAACCAAUCUGGCAUGUGCUCACCAAGAAAGUCUUGAUCGUGCUAAGACCUACUACGAGUUACUUGGACUGGAUGUUGAGGCUAUUCUGAAAAUGAUUCCUAAAAACUCUGGACAAUACACAUAUGAUGAAUACAAGGCCAUUUUGGACCUGAAAUUUCAUGAUGCAAUUGUAGAAGGUGGUGCUGCUAUCAAGCCGUACGAGGAAACUAUCGUCAAACUAAAACGCUAUUUUAUUGAUCAUCGAAACUGA